GAGCCGCAUACGGCCGAGCAGAGCCAAGCUCCGCAUCCUUAUGAUACGCACCACCAUCGCGGCUCGCUUCAGCACGCCGGGCCGCCGCCCCUCCAUGAGCCGCCUCCCCAUCAAUCCCACCACGGCCUGCCACAGCAUUAUCCUGCCACUCACCAACAUCACCCUCACCCUCACCCUCACCCAAUUCUCACAGACCCAUCGCACCUGGGCGGCCAUCCGGGGGCGCGACAUCUCGGCCACCCUGCCCAUCCAGGGCCAUCGCAUUACGGCGCCGGCCCCUCUCCCCACAACGUCGUGCCCCCCCUCUACCCAUCUCUAACCCCGACCCAUGGGUCUACUGCCGGCGUGAAGCGUCAACGGCCUGAUGAUCUCGAUCUUUCGGUUCCCGGUAUAUCGGAACUUGAACAGAACGAGCUGGAUUCAAUGCAGCAAACGCCCCUAGGCGCUGCCUAUGCCCAAGCAACGGGAGUCCCGCCAGCACAUCACCACCACCGGCUGCCAGACACAGGACCUCCGAACAAGUUGAUGCGACGUGAUGGGGAGAGCAGCAUAGGAGCCGGAGCUCCGAGCGUGGUUGGGCAAGCUGGGAUGCCAGCCCCAGCUCCCAGACCGAGGGGGCCUAAGCUGAAGUUUACGCCAGAGGAUGAUCAGCUCUUGAUUGACUUGAAGGAGAACAAGAGCUUAACGUGGAAACAAAUUGCGGACUUCUUCCCUGGUCGGUCAAGCGGGACAUUGCAAGUGCGUUACUGCACCAAACUCAAGGCGAAGACAACACAGUGGACGGAUGAAACGAUUACGAAAACGAAAAGUGGCGUAUCGUUGCCAACAAAGUCGGCACCGGAUUCACACCAGCUGCAUGCCGCGAGAGGGCAGCACAGCUAUCAGGCGAAGACUUAUAGCAAUCAGCGUCUCCACCAGGAGCUCCGGCACCUGAGGGGGACACCACCGUUUACCCGUCACAACUCCAGUGACUGCAUCCAGUACGACCCGUAG